GACCACUCUCCAUCCCGCUGAGCGAAGCUGGAGGAGGCUGUGGCAAGAUGAGGGCCAUCGUACUGAGCCUGGGGCUGGCCCUGCUCUGCUUGUUGCAUGUGGAGGCUGAAGACCAGGGGGCUGCGGAGAUAAACAAGAACAAGAUUGCGGGGAAAUGGCACAUCGUUGCUCUGGCUUCAGACUCUGAAGGCUACCUCCGUAAGAAGGAUGAGCUGAAGAUGUCAAUGGCCAACAUCUUGCUGCUGGAAAAUGGCACCCUGAAGGUCUCCUUGGCCAUUCCCACCUCAGAGGGAUGCAAGAAAUCAGAGUUUAUCUUUAAAAAAAUAGGCAUCCCAGGUGAAUUCUACUACUCCGAGAGAGGCAAUAAAACAGUGCAGGUGAUGGAAACCGACUACAAGAGCUAUGCAAUUAUAUUUGCAUCCAGAGUGAAGGAUGGGAAGACCUUGCAUAUGCUGAGGCUCUACAGCAGAACCCGGGAGGUGAGUCCCAAAAUCACAGAGCUGUUCAGGAAGCUGGCCAAGGAACAGAGCUACACAGAUGAAAUGAUCAAGAUGCUGCCCAGCCAAGAGGAAUGUGGCACUGAAGAACCAUAGGAGGCACCGGGCUGGCUGGUGGAUGCUGCUCUCUGAGAAAGGCAAGACCCACAUCCUGAAGUUCCAGGCUGCCUCUCUGCCAUCCCUCUUCAAGGUCGGCGGUCAGGGCCUUGACACAUCUUCUGCUCCUCCAGUGCAUUUUCCCUCCUCUUUGACAAAUAAAAAGAAUCAGAACUUC